AUGAAGAUCUACACCUCGCCUUACCCGCCUGUUCCGCUCGUGCACGAGUCCGUCUUCACGAAUCUUUUCCGGACCCAUUUCAACGAGCACCCGCCCGACGCGCCCGCAUUCAUCGACGCCGCGACAGGUUUCACGAUCACCCGUGCCGGGACGUGCGACCUCUCGCUCUCUUUCGCCCACGGACUCCGGCAUGCGUUCAGCGAGCUGGGCGGCGUCCCGCUCGCGCGCGGGGACGUUGUCAUGGUGUUCUCGCCCAACUCCAUCGCCUGGGCGCCCAUGAUGUUCGGCGGCUGGGCCGCCGGGCUGCGUCUGACCCUCGCGAACAGCUCCUACACGCCGCGCGAGGUGGCGCACCAGUGGAAGGACAGCGGGGCAAAGACUGUGCUCGUUCAUCCUGCUCUGCUGCCCGUCGUCCUCGACGCGUUCAAGCUUGUGCAUGUGGACACCUCGGAGGCGCGACGCAGAAUUGUCGUUAUAGAUUGGCAGACGAGUCAUGGUUCGGCGCGCCCUGGGGAGUUUAUUUGCAUGACCGACUUGAUGGAUAAAGGUCGGCUGUCCGAGGAGGAAAAGUUUCUGGGGGAGCAGGCGCACGAGACUACGCUGCUCUGCUAUUCUUCUGGAACUACGGGUAAGCCGAAGGGCGUGGAGACCACACACCACAACCUCACGUCUAUGUUCGAUAUGGCUGCGAUUACGUUCCCGAAAUUGAGUAACCCGAACCCUAGGAUGCUGGCCAUGCUACCCUUGUAUCACAUCUAUGGCAUUAUCAAGUUGUUGGGAUGCCAACUUCAUCGUGGCGUCCCUCUCGUCAUCAUGGAAAAAUUCGAACCUGUGGCGUUCUGCCGCGCAAUUCAGGACCAUAAGGUGACCCAGGCUUUCAUCGUGCCUCCUGUCUGUGUAGUGCUUUCGCAGCAUCCUGCGGUUGAACAGUUCAACUUGACAAGUUUGGAGUGGCUAUUAUGUGCUGCUGCCCCCUUAAGCCAGCAGCUGUUAAUGAUGACCAAUGACCGCUUGCACUCUGUCGGAGCAAGAGUGAGCAUCACUCAAGGAUAUGGACUCACCGAGACCUCGCCUACUCUGACGUUUCAAGAUACCGAUUCCUACUUGCGGAAGGCCGGCAGUGUUGGAUCGCUUCUGCCAAACCUCGAAGCCCGCCUAGUGGUCGAUGAUACCCGUGAUGCAGCAGAAGGCGAAGCUGGUGAGCUAUGGGUUCGAGGACCAACGGUUUUCAAGGGAUAUCUGAACAAACCAGAGGCGACUAGGAAUGCCAUUACACCGGAAGGCUGGUUCAAGACAGGUGACAUCGCCAUCCGGGACUCGGAGGGAUACUACACCAUCGUCGACAGGCUAAAGGAACUAAUCAAGUACAAGGGCUUCCAAGUCCCGCCUGCUGAACUAGAGGGCGUGCUGAUAGAGCAUCCGGAUAUCGCGGAUGCCGGCGUUGUAGGCGUUUACUCUGAUGUGGAGGCGACGGAGCUCCCAAGGCAAGUUGCGAUACGUGACUGUCAGUGUCUCGGGUGCACCGCUUACCGGGACUGUAGAGCAUACGUCGUCCCUGCUCGCAAGUUGACACCUGGGGAAAAGAAAGAAUUUGCAGAGAGUGUAGAGAAGUGGGUCAGGAGCAAGCUUGCACGACACAAGUACUUGCGGGGCGGCGUGAUCGUCGUCGAUGCGAUACCCAAAAGGCAAGUUCUCAUUUUUCACAGGCUUAUGAGUGUCUAG